AUGGAAGGUGAAUCUUACCACAAUACGACCACUGUCAAUGGCACCCCAGUAAGUCACCAGCCUUUGGAACGCCAUGGGUUGUGGGAAGUCAUCACCAUUGCGGCUGUGACCGCUCUGGUAAGCCUGAUCACCAUCGUGGGCAACGUCUUAGUCAUGAUCUCCUUCAAAGUCAAUAGUCAGCUGAAGACUGUUAACAACUAUUACCUGCUCAGCUUAGCCUGUGCAGAUCUCAUCAUUGGGAUCUUCUCCAUGAACCUCUACACUACCUACAUCCUCAUGGGACGCUGGGUGCUCGGGAGUCUGGCUUGUGACCUCUGGCUCGCCCUGGACUACGUGGCUAGCAAUGCUUCCGUCAUGAACCUUCUGGUGAUCAGUUUUGACCGUUACUUUUCUAUCACAAGACCUCUGACCUAUCGGGCCAAGCGUACCCCAAAAAGGGCUGGCAUCAUGAUUGGCUUGGCCUGGCUGAUCUCCUUCAUCCUCUGGGCCCCAGCUAUCCUCUGCUGGCAGUACCUGGUGGGGGAGCGGACGGUACCACCAGAUGAGUGCCAGAUCCAGUUCCUGUCUGAGCCCACCAUCACUUUCGGCACUGCCAUUGCUGCCUUCUACAUCCCUGUUUCUGUCAUGACGAUCCUCUACUGCCGGAUCUACCGGGAAACGGAGAAGCGGACCAAGGACCUGGCUGACCUCCAGGGCUCUGACUCCAUGGCCGAAGCGGAGCCAAGAAAGCCAGCUCAUAAGGCUCUGCUGACGUCCUGCUUUAGCUGCCCUCAACCCACACUGGCCCAGAGGGAAAGGAACCAAGCCUCCUGGUCAUCCUCCCGCAGGAGCACCUCCACCCCUGGGAAGCCAUCCCAAGCCACUGGCCCAAGCACCGAGUGGGCCCAAGCCGAGCAGCUCACUACCUGUAGCAGCUACCCUUCCUCGGAGGAUGAGGACAAGCCCGCCACGGACCCUGUCUUCCAAGUAGUCUACAAGAGUCAGGCCAAGGAAAGCCCGAGGGAAGAAUUCAGUGCCGAAGAGACCAAGGACACGUUUGUGAAAGCUCAAGCUGAAAAAAAUGACUAUGACACCCAAAAAUACUUCUUGUCCCCAGGUGCUGCUCAUAGACCCAAGAGUCAGAAAUGUGUGGCCUAUAAGUUCCGACUGGUGGUGAAAGCUGAUGGGACCCAGGAGACCAACAACGGCUGUCGCAAGGUGAAAAUCAUGCCCUGCUCCUUCCCAGUGUCCAAGGACCCUUCGACGAAAGGCCUGGAUCCCAACCUCAGCCAUCAAAUGACCAAACGAAAGAGAAUGGUCCUCAUCAAGGAGAGGAAGGCAGCCCAGACCUUGAGUGCCAUUCUCCUGGCCUUCAUCAUCACCUGGACCCCUUACAACAUCAUGGUCCUGGUUUCCACCUUCUGUGACAAGUGUGUCCCAGUCACCCUGUGGCACUUGGGCUACUGGUUGUGCUAUGUCAACAGCACCGUCAACCCCAUUUGCUAUGCCCUCUGCAACAGAACCUUCAGGAAGACCUUCAAGAUGCUGCUCCUCUGCCGAUGGAAAAAGAAAAAAGUAGAGGAGAAGUUGUACUGGCAGGGGAACAGCAAGCUUCCCUGA